AUUCUUUCUCCGGAUUAUGACAAGAUACAAGGACUUGAAGCUUGUACAUCGCUGCCUUUGCAACGGCAACCAACAACCACCUCGCCCGUUAUGACAUCUCCGUGGAUGGAAGCUGAGCAGUUUUCCCAAAACGGACUAGCGCCACUCGACGGUCGACGCCCGUCUUUAGCGACCAGGAUGGCUCUGACAUUUCUGACUCCUUCAUCCAUCAACAACGCGCGUGCUUGUGCUGCAUCGGAUCGCACCAACAUCCACCAUCACGUUCUACCACUUCCAAUACUCGACUGACGCGACAUUUUCGCCCCUGCGGCCCCAAAUAUCGACGCUUUUGCAAAAUGCCUGGUGGAAAGGGAAAGUCUAUCGGUGGAAAGGCCGGCUCCAAGGAUUCUGCGGGGAAGAGCCAGAAGUCCCACAGCGCAAAGGCUGGUCUGCAGUUCCCUUGCGGUCGUGUUAAGCGCUUUUUGAAGAACAACACCCAGAACAAGAUGCGCGUUGGCGCCAAAGCCGCCGUGUAUGUCACCGCUGUUCUCGAAUAUCUGACUGCGGAAGUCCUCGAAUUGGCCGGAAACGCUGCCAAGGAUCUCAAAGUCAAGCGUAUCACCCCGCGUCAUCUGCAGCUUGCCAUCCGUGGUGAUGAGGAGUUGGAUACCCUGAUCCGCGCCACUAUUGCCUUCGGAGGUGUUCUGCCGCGCAUCAACCGCGCGCUCCUGCUGAAGGUGGAGCAAAAGAAGAAGAGCAAGACCGAGGCUUAAAUGAUGGUGGAUACCCGACGAACUCCGGCGUUUGGUGAUUGAAUGAUCGUUAAAGGGAAAAAAAAGCUAGGAACGGGUUCUUUAUUGUGAUCAUGAUGCUACUGCCACCCCCUCUGCAAUAUCACACCCGAACAGGGAGGCAAGGAAAUCAGGUCACGUCCUUCUGACGAACACAAAAGCCCACCUUUUAUUCUCGUGACGCU